UAACUAGACAGGACUGAAGAAAGACGUGCAAAUGUCUACCGCUGGGAAAUGCUGCAGAGAUGGAGAUUGAAGACAACCUUCAUACAGCAAUCAUUGGCCUCCAAAAGGAGGUUACAAACCUUGGUUCUCAUGUUGAUGCUCUCAUAAAAAAACAAGAGGAGAUGAUUGCCUUCCAAUAAUUGUCUGCGCAAGACACCACCCAAAUCCAAGACAAUCAGAUGUAAGGCUGCAGUAUGCUGGGGACCUAAACAGCCGCUCAGCAUUGAAGAGAUUGAGGUUGCUCCACCGAAGCAUCAUGAAGUUCGCAUUAAGAUUGUUGCCACUGGAAUUUGCCGCUCAGAUGACCAUGUUCUAAGUGGGGCAAUAAGUGACAUGAAAUUCCCGGUAAUAUUAGGCCAUGAAGCUGCAGGGAUUGUGGAAAGUGUAGGAGAAGGCGUAACUGACCUUAAACCAGGAGACAAAGUCAUCCCACUGUUUGUUCCUCAAUGUGGAAAAUGCAGAUGUUGCCUGAAUCCGGACAGUAAUUUAUGCUACAAAAAUGACAUUGGUAAAUACAAUGGGAUGAUGUUGGACAACACCAGCAGAUUUACUUGCAAGGGGAAAGUUGUUCACAACUUCGUCAGCACCAGCACUUUCACUGAGUACACUGUGGUGGAUGACAUUGCUGUUGCUAAGAUACAUAAGGAUGCACCGCUGGAAAAAGUCUGCUUGAUUGGAUGUGGCUUUUCUACAGGAUAUGGCUCUGCUGUGAACACUGGUAAAGUGAAGCCUGGUUCUACAUGUGCUGUAUUUGGUUUAGGGGGAGUCGGGUUGUCUGUGGUUAUUGGAUGUAAAGUAGCAGGUGCUUCCCGAAUCAUUGGAGUUGAUUUAAACAGUGAUAAAUUUGCAAAAGCAAAAGAGUGCGGAGCCACUGAAUGUAUUAACCCAAAAGACUACAAACUUCCCAUCCAUGAAGUCCUGGCACAGAUGACCAAUGAUGGAGUUGACUAUGCAUUUGAGGUCAUUGGAAACACUACAGUGAUGACAUCUGCUCUUUUAUCUUCUCACUUCGGCUUUGGAAAAACAAUAAUUGUUGGAGUAGCUCCAUCAAAUGCUGUUAUGUCUUUUGAUCCAUUACUGAUGCUCACUGGACGAACCAUGGCAGGAGCUGUGUUUGGAGGCUGGAAGAGCAAAGAUGAUGUACCAAAACUGGUGGAUGAUUAUUUAAACAAGAAAUUUGAAUUUAAUGAGCUUAUAACACAUAACUUGCCAUUUGACCAAAUCAAUGAAGGAUUUGAACUUCUGCGUAAGGGAAAGAGUAUCCGUUCGGUGCUGACUUUUUGAAGAACUUGGUUCUGAUGACGAACUCUUCUUGAUGUCUUAAAUAUGAUAUUCAUUAAUCAAUACAUUAUACUUUUACUAAUUUCUAAUAAUGAAAGGUCUAUGUAAAUUUUUGCUUGAAUGUAUCCUACACAAUUCUGAAGCAUUUACUUUUAAUGGUUCUUUCACAGGUUUAGCUGAUCCUUUUAUCUGCUUCCUUACACUUCUUUUUAUCGAGCAGGCAAAUAGCCACACAUGUUCACAAAGCACAAAAAGGUGUUUAACAGAAGCUGAGGAAAGAAAAUGCUGUACAGUACCUCUUGUCCUGAGCUUCUGUAAAGUAGCCAUGUGUACCAGAGCCGUAACUAGAGUUUUUGGGGCCCUGUGCCAGAAAGAGAAUUGGCGCCACCCCACCCCCUUCAUAAGGAGCAUGUCAUAUAUGGGUUGGGGCCACUUUACCGGUGGACGGGUUUUAUAUAUAUAUAUCUAAUAUAUAUAUCUACAUAUCAUACGCACACAUUUAUAGAACACUUUAGUAAAAUGUAUUUAGACACAAAUACCCCUCAUAAAAUAACACAUUUCAAUAUACUGCCACACCCAGGACUCAAACCCACAACCUGCUGCUUCCCAGUCAAACACCCCUCCCAUUGAGCCACUUGAUCCUGCAUAAAAACAAUGAGAUUUCUAACUAUAUGAAGCUACCCGUACCCCGUAAAAAAAUAACCAGCACCAUAUUUGAGCAGAUCUAUGCAGUGUGCAGCCACACAUCCAAUCCCUUUCAGCCACACACUACAUAGAUCUGCCCUGCCGUAAUGCUGACCACCCCUUCACAAAGUACAAGGUAAGCUUCAAAUAGUUAAAACUCUACAGCUUUGAAUUCUCUAGUUUCCAUGUAAGGGCAGAUAGCUUAAUGAAUAGAGUGUCUGACUGUAAUUUCAUAGGCAAUGAGUUCGAUCCUGGGCACAUUAGUAUCCCAAAAUUUAAUAAGGGACAGUGUGACUGAAAAACAAAGAGCUAUCAAGUAAAGUUCAUGGAUGCUGUAUAGCUAUUAGUGACAAAAGGGGCGGGGGCAGGAGCUGCGCUUGCAGGGAGCUACUUGUCAGGUACAAAAGCAUCACUUCCAUGCAAUACCUUUGUACCUGUGCGGGAGAGGGGAGGGGGGGUAGGGCCUGACAUGCAAGGCAGACUAGCCCUGUGCUGGGCGUCCCCCCCCCCGCAUUUCAGAGUAACUGAUCGUAGAUGUGCUAAAUUUAGCACAUCUACAAUCAGUGUCGGACUGGGGCAUGAAGGGCCCAUCGGGGGGGUUGCUGUUGUAGGGGCCCAUGCUUAAGGGUGUGGCCAGGCUCCAGUGGGAGAAUGGCCAGCCACCACAGAGGUUUGGCUAACCAUUACAGAGUACAUGUUCUGUGCCCCUUGGUAAAUGUAUAAAAAAAACUAAUUCUUUUGAAGUAUAAUGUAACAUAUGUAUAAUGCAUAAUUCAAGUGCACUAGGAUAGAGUGUGGAACCUGAUCCCUAGAGAAGGAGGAGAGCCCACAGGUAGUGGGGUCCACCGGUGGUUUCUCCUGUUACCCUGUGGGCCAGUCCGACCCUGUCUACGUUCAACUUUGAAUUACCCCCUCAGUUUGUACAAUCUGUUAGUAAUGAAUGUUCAGCCUGAAAAUGUAUCUCACCUGGACACUUAAAGCUAAUAAUGAAUCACUGUUGCUCAAUUCCUUCACAGCUUUUUCAAUGAAUAAACAUGUUUUACUGUU